CUAUGCGAAUCGUUAGCAGGGCAGUGGUGAUCGGAAACGGCGUCGCCGGCGCAGAAAAUCAGUGCAUCGGUUUACUUCGAGCUCUCGGCCUAUCGCAUCGGCAUACUCUCUAUAGAGUUACUAGGCCUAGGGGAGGAAUUAAUGAGAGUCUUCGUUGGUUGCCGGUUUCGCUCCACAAAAAAACAGUGUAUGCAUUUAAUUGGAUUCUUAGGGAUUUACAGCCACAAUUUUGUAACAAAUGGAAUAAGGUGACUAAUUUCCCUGCCAAACAAACAGGGGUCUGCUUUGCACACGGGAAGCUUGAAUGGUACAUUGAGACAUUUGAAAUUUUGAACUUCACUUGUUUCAGUUAUACCAGAAGCUGAUGCUGAGCAUAUUGCAAAAGUGGCUCAUGAAACAUUCGAAAAGUAUGUGUGCAUCCUCUUUUCUUAGUCUUGCCAUUUAAGGGGUCAUUUGGUGGGAGGGAGUAACUUUUCCUUUCCCUGUGCAUUCCCCGGAAAGAGUUUCCUUUGUCUGGGAGGGGCCUAUGUUGGUGGUUGCAUCGGGGCGAGAUACAAUUUCCACUGCAUGUUCUGUAAAGCGGUUAGCACCAGAAAAUGUUUUUCUUGUUCAGAUUCAACACCCCAGGUCACAUCUGAAUUGGUUUGAUGUAGUCAUCACACCUCGACAUGAUUAUUAUCCACUCACACCUGAUGGACAAAAGCAGAUUCCCAAACUUAUUCGGAGGUGGAUAACACCUCAAAACCCUCCAGAAAAGCAUGUGGUAUAUGCUUUUUUUCAUUUUUCUCUUUUGCAAUAGAAUAGCUGCAAAACGGAGAUCUUUGCUUGCAAAGUUGCAAGUGUGUAAAGACCAUGUUUCCGGAGCCCUUUGCCCACAUAAAAAUAAAAAAGUGCAGGUCCUCACUAUAGGAGCCCUUCAUCAAAUUGAUUGCAGCUCACUGCAAAGUGCUGCUUCUGCCUGGCAUGAGGGAAUUGGACUACUGCCAAAACCAUUGCUUGUGGUAAACAUUGGAGGACCCACUUCCCAUUGUAAAUAUGGUGAAGACCUGGCAAAUGAGCUCACAUCGUCACUGCAAAAUGUUAUUCCAACUUGUGGAAGUGUCAGAAUUUCUUUUUCGCGUAGAACUCCCAAGAUGGUUGCAGAUCUUGUAGUGCUCAAACUAGGAAAUCAUCCUAAAGUUUACAUUUGGAAUGGGGAAGGUCCAAACCCACAUAUGGGACAUUUAGCUUUGGCAGAUGCUUUUGUCAUCACGGCUGACUCAAUUAGCAUGUUGAGUGAGGCCUGCAGUACAGGGAAGCCUGUUUAUGUGAUUGGAGCUGAGCGAUGUAGAUGGAAGUUUACAGAUUUCCACAAAUCCCUCAGAGAACGAUGCAUGGUACGGCCGUUCACAGGGAAAGAAAAUAUAUGUAAAGAAAGAUGGACAUAUUCUCCAUUGAAUGAUACCAAAGAGGCUGCGGGUGCGGUUAUAAGUGCGCUUGAAGAUCGUGGAUGGAGAUUGCAAUGACUGGUCCAUUGCUCAGAAAGACAGAAAUACUCAACAAUUCUUGACGGGCUGUAUUUUUUUCCUGUUAGGCCAUAAAUGUUUGAUACCCAAGUUCCAAGAUCAUACUCCUGUAUGAACUAUGAAUUAGAACUGAGAAGAUCUUUAUCCUUGCGACCCUAUUCUUGAAUCCACUUAUCCACCGUACUAAAUUUACCAACCAAAUUAUGGCACAAAACAUCUAAAAUGUCACACAAUUGGUACAAAGCAUUUAGAUACUUU